UGAUCACAGCGAUGUUAUUUUUUCACGUGCAUUAACAUUUUAACCUGUGUGAAUUACAAACAAUUCGAAACUUUUUACAAUUAAAUCAUGGAUAUUAGUAAUUCAGAGUCCAUCAAUAAAGAUAAACAAAACAUAGAAAUGUUUAAAUUUUUUGAAAAAACAAGAAAGCGAAAAACUUCAAGAACAUCUCCAAAGAGUAAUAAAAAAGUUAAGCCAACUACAUUCCGAUUGCCAAUGAGAAGAACAACCAGAUUAAAAUCGGAAAUCUUUGUAGAAAAUUAUCCAGAAAUUUUACCAGACGGUGAAUUCGAUAUAAGUAAGGAUUUUUGUUCUACUAUGUUGAAAUAUGAGCCGGUAAAAAAGAAAAUAAAAUUAUCUAAUGCUAAUCUACAAAUGGAGAAUGAACAAUGUGAUGAAAUGAGUGAAACAUUAAAUGGAACAAAUUCACUUAUAGAUAGUACAAUAGAAAGCAAAGAUCUCGAACAUCCUGAUAAACCCAAGAAGCGAGGUAGAAAACAAAAAAUAAGUCAAUUUGAAAAGAUGGCCGAUGAUAUGAUUGAAACUAUUGAUACAAAUAUCAUCAUUGAAAUGUUAAAGAACACAAGUUUAGAUAAAGAAGAAGCUGAAGCAGCAACCGAAAUGUCAAACACUUCUGAACGAAAUAUAACUGAAAAUUGUGAUACAAAUUUAAAUAAUCCUCUGAAUGGUAGUGACCCACAAACAGAUUUAACUAACAAUGACUGUAAAGACUCUGAUAUCAUCUCUAAACAAUUCAAAAAGCGAGGAAGAAAAUCGAAUUCAGAAAAUAUAAAACAAUCACAUGUAGAGGAUAAACCAGAGGAUAAUAAAGCAGGUAGUCAAACGAAACAAACUACAGAUUUACAUAUAUCAUUAACUACUAAUGGUGACAAUGAUUUUAAGAAAGCAGCCAAAAUAUCUGAACUGCCCAAAAAACGGGGAAGAAAACCGAAAAGUUUUAAUGGAGAAACAUUAAAACAAUCAAAUGUUGAGAAUAAACCGGAGGACCAACAAACAGAGUAUCAAACGAAACAAACGCAUGAUUCAGAUUUAGGAAAUAUAUUACAUGAUAAAGAUUCACAAAUAUCAUUAACUACUAAUGGUGAUAAUGAUUUAAAGAAAGCAGCCAAAACAUCUGAACUACCCAAAAAACGAGGAAUAAAACCGAAAAGUUUAAAUGUAGAAACAUUAAAACAAUCAAAUGUAGAGGAUAAACCGGAGGACCAACAAACAGAGUAUCAAACGAAACAAACGCAUGAUUCAGAUUUAGGAAAUAUAUUACAUGAUAAAGAUUCACAAAUAUCAUUAACUACUAAUGGUGAUAAUGAUUUGAAGAAAGCAGCCAAAACAUCUGAACUGCCCAAAAAACGAGGAAGAAAACCGAAAAGUUUAAAUAACACACUGGUAGCAGACACAAGCGACAAAAAAACUGGUAUAUUAAAAUAUUUUAAGUCAAAUACUCCUACGAAGAAAAUAAAUACGUCAGCAACGGAAAAUUUAGAAUCGCUUUUAGAUAAUGAUAGUGUUAAUAAUGACAGUAUUGAAAUUUCAAAUAUUAUGAAUAUAGCUGAUACUUCUUUAACAAAGUCCAAAUUAAACACAAGUACAAAUACGGAACCAAAAAAAAGAGGUAGACCAAAGUCUGACAAGCCACGAGUCGUAAAAGUUAAUGUAGCUAGAGAAUUUCAAAAGAAACCAUUUACCAAAAUUAGUAAGCUGACCAAAGACCAAAUCAAAAAGGGUUCAAUAAGAAAAAUUCCCAAAAAACGUCUUGAUGAUGUAUUGGAAAUGAUUGAUGAUGAGGAUCAUCCUAUUUGGCAGGAACGUAAUAUAUCAUGUAAUACGUCUAUUUAUGAUUAUUGGGAACCGCGUUCAGUAUCGAUAUCUGAUCAAAAUAUGAAACUAAAAUACGCACGUCAAUUUCUUUUACGUAGAGACUGGAUCGGUUUGUCCAAAGUUCUAUAUUUAUCCAAUACGGAGGCAAAGACUUAUUAUCCUUUAUUAUCUAAGUAUGCUACAUUAUUGCUGGCACAUACGGAUAAGGAACAAUUUAAUAAAUGUAUACAAUUUUUAACUAACAUGAAUGACAGCAGUGCUGUCAUGAAAAAAUGUACAAAAAUAUCCAAGGAAAAUGAAGACUAAAGCAUAUGUGUUAAAUGCAAUAAAAAUAUGUAAAAUACUCUAAUUUUAAUAUUUUUUACUUAUAAUAUUAAACUUUGGCCAUGAAGGCUUCUUUGUAGUGAUAUUAAAUAAAUACAAUUUAAAAGCAAACAA